AUGGAGGGCAAGGAAGUGAUGACUAAAGAUAAUGGUGAAACAAAAGGAAUUAGUAGUAGUGCUGUGCAGAAUAAUUAUGGAAGUAGUGAAGAGGAACACGAAAAGAUUUUGCAAAUGAGGGAUUUGGUCGAAAAACAAGAUCCUACCUCCAAGGAAUAUGACGAUUUGACAAUUAGAAGGUUUCUUCGUGCACGUGAUCUGAACAUAGACAAAGCCUGUGCUAUGUUUCUGAAGUACCUGAAAUGGAGACGAACAUUUGUUCCAAACGGUUCCAUCUCUGUAUCAGAAAUCCCAAAUAACAUAGCUCAAAACAAGAUGUUCAUGCAAGGUACGGAUAAAAGUGGACGCCUGAUAGCUGUCGUGUUGAGUGGCAAGCAUUACCCCAACAAAGCAGGAGGUCUGGAAGAGUUCAAACGUUAUGUGGUCUUUGCACUUGAAAGAAUAUUAUCAAGGAUGCCUGCUGGCCAGGAAAAGUUUAUGGUCAUUGCAGAUAUUCAAGGAUGGGGAUAUUCAAACAGUGAUUACCGUGGAUAUUGUGCCGUAGUCUCUAUAUUGCAGGAUUAUUAUCCAGAACGAUUAGGAAAAAUGUUUGUCGUGCAUGUUCCUUCUAUAUUUAUGGCGGCGUGGAAGAUGGUUUAUCCUUUCAUUGAUGAAAAAACAAAGAAAAAGAUUUUUUUUGUUGACAAUAAGCAUCUGAAAUCUACUCUUCUGAAAGACAUAGACGAGAGCCAACUUCCAGAAAUUUACGGCGGCAAACUGAAACUGGUUCCCAUCCAAGAUAGCUAGUUUGGUCAACAGUUGACUCAUUUUUCUCUUGUUCAUGUCUAAUUGUCUAUUGUUAUGCACCAGAAAUGGUUUUGAGAAAUGCCUUUUGUUUGCCAUCCAUAACUUGUAAUGACUAA